AUGAAGUACAGCCAAUACUUGAAAGCUCUGGAUUCCGAUGCACCGCCGGAGUGGCGGGGCAAGUUCCUGGCAUAUAAGCAGCUGAAGAAGAUGCUGCGGGAGUUCGCGCGCGUGGCCAAGCGAGUCAUCAAGCUGUCACAGCAAGAUGGCCAGGAGCAGCAUGCUCUGAUCUGCUGCUUCGAGUUGAGCCUACUGCGGCGCAACCACAACACCCCUGUCGAUAUGGACAAUCUGGUCACAACGGCCGAGUGGUGCAGGAGGUAUGCUCAGAUCAACAGCGUGGGCUUGCGCAAGAUCCUGAAGAAGCAUGACAAGCUCUACAAGAACAAGGCGGGCCACUUGUACAUGCAGGACAUCUGGAGCGGCGCGCGGCGCAGGUACGGCACGUUCCUGCACUCGCCGCUGCUGGACGAGCUCAAGUCGCUGGAGUCCAUGCUGGCGCGCGAAGCCGCGCGCCGCGCCCGGGCCGACCCCGGCGCCGCCGCUGAGCGGCCGGAGGACCCUUCGGUGUCGGUGCGGCUGAGCGGCGACCAGUUUGGCGGCCCUGAGCGGCUGUCGCUGCCCACGCUGCCCAGCAUGUUCUCCAACGUGACCAUUGCACAGCACUUUGAGAACGAGGCUUCGCCUGCGGCCGGCAGCCCCAAAGGUGGCCCGCCGCCAGUGCCGGAGCCGCUGCAGGGGGCGUCGGAUGCGGUGGUGCAGGCGGUGCACGCGAAUGAGGCGGCCAUGCGCGAAGUGCUGCAGCUGUCGCGCGUCUCCAUGGCUUCCUCCGGCACCGGCAGCAACGGCGAGCCGGACGUCGACAUGGAGUACCAGUGCCCCAUCUGCCUGGAUGCCAUGUUCCAGCCGCUGGGCCUGGAGUGCGGCCACAAGUUCUGCGCGGACUGCGCCUUCAGCGCCGUGGGAAAAGGGCACGCGCUGGGGACCGUGCGCGCCAUCCUGGACCAUGUGCGGUUGGAUGCGGCCUGCCCCGAGUGCCGCACCGUGGGCGUCUUUGUGCAUGCCAUCGAGCUGAAGGCCACCGAGCGGCUCAUCAAGCAGAGGUACCCCAAGGCGUGGGCCGAGCGCGCGGAGGAGGCGCACGCAAAGGAGAAACGUCUGCGCGAGCUGCUGGCCAUCCAGCGGCAGCGCCAGCACACCCAGUCCCACCUCGGGAGAGUGCCCUUCUGA